AAUCGUGCCAGACAGCAGAUCACAAGUAAUCACAUGCAGGAACGGUAAAAGAUAGAAUUCGUACAAGAACCCGAAUACAAAAAGCUUUAUUUUUAAAUGUAUCAGUGUAUCAUUAGUUAGCAUAGUCGAACGAUCCUGUCAAACCACAUUAUAAGCGUUGACAAUCAAACGAAUGUCUAUGACUACGAGCAACUGCAUAAUGAUCUGUCCGAGGGCCCGGAGUAUCAGCGGUCCAUAGAAAGCCAGCAAGAUCAUCAUCGGCAAAGAGGAAGGAGCUCCUCUCCUUACAUUUUCUGUGGUAUCGCGCACCUCUGUAUGUUUGACAGCAGGAAGGCUCAUUGUAGCCACAAACACUGCUGAUUGUGGUGACAGCAGGGGGGCAGACAGCAUUAGUCGCUGCCGUUUCCACUUGCAGCCAAUGUGAGAGAGGCGGUGAGUAGUUUUGGAGCUCGAAGGGAAGCACCCUUCGAUCAGAGCCACCCACAAACGAGGCUGUGCGUCCGGAGUAUCAAACGACAACAGCAAAAAGCUGCUCUUCAUCGUAAGAGGAACUUUUCGUCUACUGUGAAAAAGCAAUUUUGCGAGAGGAACAAUCAUGUGGACCUGACAUUCACGUAACCAUUUUAAACUAACCUCGACUCUAUGUUACUCCUUGAAAUCUGCUUUGACAGCGAUGCAGAUGAGCUUGGAGGAGGAACUGCGACUUCCGUCGUCGGACCUCCGAAGCCACGGUUGGUAUCAUGGGCCAAUUGGUAGAGCGGCUGCGGAGUCCUUACUCCAGGAAGACGGCCAUUUUCUAGUAAGGGACUGCCUCUCACAGCCGAAUGACUUUGUCCUGUCGUGUCAGCAUGCUGGUGGACGAUUGCACUUUAUUAUUAAUCGUGUCUAUAUCCUCCCCAACACUCUUUAUGAAAGGGUUCAAUAUCAACUGGAGGAUGACCUUUUUGACACGAUUGCUGAUCUCGUAACAUUUUACGUCGGAAAUAAGCAACCGAUCACACAAAGAUCAGGAGCGCUUAUAUCACGGCCAGUCGUACGAACCGUAAGUUUAGGACUCAACGCAGAAGCACCUCCGCCUCCAAAGCCGGAAAAGGUUUACUGCAAUGCACGCAACGAGGAACGCCGAUCCCUACGAAAGGAGUACUAUAAAUAUAAGUUUCGUCCAGUGAAUCCACAAUUAGGACAGCUUGACUUUACUGGAGUGGAGUUUAGUAACAGUGGUAUCAAUGAGGCCGCACUUCGCAACGUUCAAACGGAAAUUCGAGACACCGGGGUACGAGUUUUGUCCCGAGCUCUCACUGUUGUCAACAUCCGUCUGCUGAAGUUGGACCAAACAGGCAACGGUAACGAAAGUGACCUUGGUCUAGGUGUAAUGAGUGGACUAGAAAUACUCAGUUUGCCUCAGGGAGAUACAUUGCGGACUUCGCUUGUCGAACGAGCACACUACCUCAAACUAUUGGUGAUAGCUUCGUUGGUGCUCUCCGAUGAGGCUGACCUCGCCCUGGCAAUGUUGACGAAGUGGAUCCAGGUUGCUUUGGAAGUCAAAACGGCCCUUGGUGACCUCUUUGGGUUUCAGUGUAUAAUGAUGGGUCUUAUGUCUCCACCUGUAACUCAACUCAAGUCGGUGUGGCUUGCAUUACGCCAAAACAAUACAGAGCUCGCGUUGUUGUUUGAGACGAAACUACGUCAAGAGGUUACCGCUUUGCUCGAUCGAUGUGACAAUAUUGCUCCAAAUACAUGCAUCCCAAAUAUCUACUUCUACAUAAACGUUGCUCAUCAGUUUGUUGAGAAAGUCGAUCGUGUACAUCUUGAGAAAAUGGGCCCUGACAAUGGGCUCGCAACGCUUCUUUCGCAGCUCGAGAACAUUCGGUCAAUCAUCAAUCAAACGGAACGUUUCCAUAAAACCGCUCUAUGCGUACUUCAUGCAUCAAGUGCGCCCGGCAAGCGCUAUUCGUUCUUUGAGACGGAAAACCUAAUUGCGCUGUUUAACACAGAAGGAUACAAAGAUAUGACUUGUAAGCAGCGUUCAAAGCACGUCCUCGAUGUUUUUGAAGAGCUCAGCAAACGGGGUACCCUGCUGGUUGAAGAAACCGGCCUCAUACCGAAAUCACUUGACAUGUGACUUUUGUUUUUAGCUAUCUAAGGACGAAAUUCAACCUAGAAGCAACACACGAUGCAUGCACAGAUGAUUUUUGUUUCUACGAAAGAAGACCGGAAAUUAGCAUACGUUUUAGCUGACUGAUCUUAUUAUCUACUAAUACAACUCUUCACAUACCAUUGCGUACGUUGUAACAUGAUGUAAUAGCGAUGGCGUGCCAUACAAGUACCUUACGUUGUAUCCACUAGCCAAAUCAGAGCGAACAUUACCACUAUACAGUUCCUAAUAACGCCCAGUAUUAUACUAACACAUAUACGCACGAAGAUGUCAUUUAUAUAUUUGUAUGUACGUGUAUAUGUGCUAAGAAAUAUUUAAGUACGCAAUUAGUAUCAGUCGAGAUAAAGAGAUAAUAUACAAAUGGAGUACAUUAUUAAUAUAACUACACUGUAACUAUUGUACUAACUGUACUUCAGUACUAAUCGGAAUAUUUAUUAUAUAAAGUUUAUCCAGGAAAAAUUGUGAUUUUUUUAAUAAAUAAAAACGUACUGUGCGACCGACUCUGAGAGAUACGUAAACGGAAAACUUUCGAAACAGAUAGAUGCUUGGGUAGAUAAGGUUCCACAAGUGCGUAUAAUAGCGCUAGACUCUAGUCAAUGGCUUAACCCGUCGCCGUGCAAUAGUCACACAAACAAGGUGACACUUACCAGGUACCAGGCCUAUACGAUGGUAAGCGCUCGAAACGAAAUGUCAAACAAAUGGGUGAGCAAACGUCUACUUUUCCUGGCUUAUUUCCGAAGGAAAGCUAAUAUAUAGAAAUGAUAUAUGAAUAGUUAGUGUUUGUAAACGAUCAUCUUGGUUCCACUGGAAAAACUAUAUGCGAAAAAACAAGUAGACUGCAAAUCGUUUUGUUAGAUGCAUUCCGGCAUAAACCAAUUCCGCAAGUUCAUUAAACAUCUUUCUAUAUUUAGAAAAGUUCCUUGUCAUAUUAGGCACACGUAGGCACAUUCUCGGACUCUAGGGAUGCCAGCUCGAGCAGAAUAAUGUUGUUUGACUACAAUAGAAAAAUAUCGGAAACAAUAUGAGUAUAGCAGUCAAAUGUACAGCGAUUUAAUAAAGUAAAGAGA